AUGAUGGAAUUGCAAAAAGGCUCGAAUAAAGUAGCCAAAGCACCAUACCCAUUCAGGGCCCUGGUGAUAGUUUCGACCUUUAGAGGUAGCAAAGUCAUCACUGUCCUCCAGGUUAUUAUAGUACGGACGGUAGUUCCAGUCAGAUGGAUCCAAUGUUUUCAUUCCAACAGGACCACGAAGAACCUUGUCGGCCACGUUAAUAGCUCCAUAAGCUUUUUCGGGGUCGAACAACUCAGGUGCCACACACAUUGCAAUAGCAAAGUUAGGUCUCAAUUGGUAAUCUUCAUACUCUUUGCCGGAUCUGAAAAGGUCUUUGUAAAUGCCUCUGCGGUUUACAACGUUUGGGUUUACCACAUACUUACGGUCCUCACUUGCAUCCUCAGGGAUAAAAAAGCAUCUCUCGAAGUUUUGUUGCACCAACUUUUCCCAUUCUUUCAAACUUAUUUUGUCUCCGUCUGGUUUUUCAACCUCAGUAUACUUGAAUAA